UAUAAUAUGUAGGUGGGUGCAUUCAGGAUCUCAUAAACGUCCAGGCACCGUGGUUACAGAAAUCAAGACGAAGUCUGAACUCGUCGGUGGAUGUUUUAAAACUGGAGGAUUAAUGCCGCUCGUUCCGAAGACGAUCGAUGUGCAUGGGUUUGCGGAAAUAGAACUUGAGUCGUGGAUGUUUUUAGUGCGUGAGGCAUCUUGAAAUGCCUCCCGAAUAUUAAUUGAACAAAUCCAUCCAGUGUUGCAUCAUCUGAAUGCCACGAAGUGCAUUUUAAAAUUAUUGUCAAGGAAGAGCCUCCAGAUGACUAUGAAUAUAACCAUGUAGCAGACUCUGUAAUCCUUGAUUGUGAUGGAUUAAAAUGUUAAGAAGAUAAAGAAUUUUACAAAAUUAAAUUAUGAACAAAAGCUCCAUCAAUGAUGUGGAUGAAACUUCAUCUGCAGCUACCAAACAGCCACUAAUCAAACCUAUAGGAGUAGCUAAACCCAAAAUGCUGAGUGUGGAAUGUACCAAAGUGCCCGUAGUUCACUUGGAGCCGUGUACUUUUACAAAUGUCACCGUAAAAAUAUCUGAACUGCCACAAAAGCUACUGUCUUCUUGUCGGAGAAAAGGGGAACCUAUACCCACUGUUCUCCAGCACCCCAAUUCUGCAAAAAAACCUACCCAUUCAUCUGGAUCUGCUGAAAAUUCUCAAGUGGAGAAUGUGGAUUCAAAAUCCAUAUGCUCCGGACCCAAAGAGAAUAGCUCUGUAUCAGAAAAAAACGUGAAUGAAACCAGGACUUCCACAGUUUCAAAUAAUCCAACUACUUCAGAUGGUACGCCCCCUGAGAAAUGUUCUGGAGAAGAUUUCAGAUUUCGUAAGAUAAAAUAUACAGAAAAGGCAUUAAAUUCUGGGACCUGGAAAACUCCAAGCAGAAUAUUUCGUGAUUCUGCUGAGAACUCACCCGAGGAACCUGUUUGUUCUAAAUCUGCACGUUUGAAUACCAAGACAUUCAGUUCUGGGAUCUGCAUACCUCCAGAUGGUGGGACUGACUCGACUGGCGAAACUUCCACACCCCACAUCGAAAGCAAGUCUUUAGGCCUGUCGGAGCAGCAAGCCACAGUGGGUGCUUAUACGCAAGGUCGAAGAAAAAAACAGUGUUUGUCUGCAGAACCUCCUCAAUCUGUCUUGAGGUCUUCUCUUGCUUCCUCUAAACAUCUAGAAUGUGACAAAACAUUUAAUGAUGCCAGUCCAGACCUGGACGAUGUGGAGGGUGGUACCGUUGUUCCAUAUGCAUCACAGGAAAACAGUAAGGAGAAUAACAGUGGAACAGUUACAGCAUGCAAGUUGAACAGGUGUAGGACCUCUACUGCCAUAGAAGGGGUCGGAGUCGGAGUCAGAGUCGGAAACACAAGAAAUCAAGGAGCCGGAGUCGGGAGUUUUGGGUAUCGACUCCACAGCCCUGUCCAAUACCCAGAUGGCCAGAUUAUCCAACUUGUGCCUCUGCCAAAUCCUGGAUCAAAUCUCCACCAAAAGGUCACUCUUGCUGUACGGAAUCCAGGCUCAGGGAGUGAAAAUCAUCUGCCUACCCCAAUAAAAUCUUGUUCGGUGGCUUCAUCUCCCAAGAAUGUCACUCUAUGUCCGAAAGUGUUAAUACCAAAAAGAGGAAGGCGACGUUCAACCCCUGAUGUAAAACCAGCCUGUGUUGCUUUGCAAACCUCUACUCCUCAACCAAUUUCUGCAGUAGUGUCAGAGGUACCUGUUCAAACUACUUCACAGGCUAAGUUUGAAGCUGUUAAUGGAGUUGGUCAAACUAUCAAUGCAGGCUCUGAGAAGACUGCCAACCAGAAUAGGAAAUCAGAAGAGAAGUUGAUUGAAGCUGGGCGAGAGGAGAUUCAUGUUGCCGAUUCUGAGCUUAUUGAGACAACGGUGUCUCAGGGUGUACCAGAUGAGGACCAUGUAAAUGCUGAUCCAUUGCCAGAAGUUAAACAGGCGACUGUUGCAUUUCCUUCCACGCCUUCAGUCCGUGAGGUGGACGAUGAGUUGGAAGAUGAUUCUAUGGACCAUCAAAAUGCAUUAGAACACCCUACUCCUGCAGAACUAGUUGACCAUUCACACACUAGUGAAAAACAGAUUGUAGAAGAUGAAAAUGAAAAUUUUGUACUGGAUAAUUCCACAAGAACUGCAAAAGGAAGUGCUGUUGAUAAAGAUUCUUCCAGAUCUAACCGUGAAGUGGUUGAUAAGGAACCAGAGGAAAUGCCCAGUAUGGAGGAGAAAAAUUGGUUGCAAGAUGAAGUGGAGAUGGAAGAUAAAACAUGUGGCUUUGAAGCAAGUACAUUUAAUGUUCCACUUAAAAGGGGAGAAGAUAUGCAAAAAAAUCCAGACAAUGAGGAACUAAACUUUCAUCAAAAAUUACUGCAAAAUGAAAACUUUCCGGACACUGAUAAAGAUACUGACUCUCAGAGUCAUCUGGUGGAUGCUGACAGUCAAGGUGAUGCAGAGAAAAUUGACGUUGUGAGAAUGUUUGACUCAAACUCCAGUGAAGAGGCAAUGGACAUCGAGCCUGUGGAGAAACCCUCUGAGAAAAUCAACAUUGCUCUUCUUACUGCUUCUGCCUCUCAUCUUAGAAGCAAAUCAAACAUCUUGAAAUGCCUCCCGAAUAUUUAUUCAACAAAUCCAUCCAGUGUUGCAUCAUCUGAAAACUAUGAUGGGCCUUUUAAAAUUAUUGUCGAGGAAGAGCCUCCAGAUGACUAUGAAUAUCACCAUGUAGCAAACCCAGUAAUCCUUGAUUGUGAUGGACUAAAAUGUAAAGAGAAGGAAUUUUUUGAUUCAGAAGGAUGGGAUGGUGGAACUAAUUGUGAUUUACAAAGUAAAACUAUGAACAAAAGCUCCAUCAAUGAAGUGGAUGCAACUUCAUCUGCAGUUACCAAGCAGCCACUAAUCAGUCCUAUAGGAGUAACUAAAGCAAAAAUGCUGAGUGUGGAAUGUACCAAAGUGCUUGCAGUUUACUUGGAGCCGUGUACUUUUACAAAUGGCACCAUAAAAAUAUCUGAACUGCCACAACAGCUACUGUCUUCUGGUCGGAGGAAAGGGAGACCUAUACCCACUGUUCUCCAGUCCCCCAAUUCUGCAAAAGAAACUACCCAUUCAUCUAGCUAUGCAGAAAAUUCUCAAGUGGAGAAUGUAGAUUCAAAAUCCGUAUGCUCCGGACUCAAAGAGAGUGGCUCUGCAUCAGAAAAAAACACGAAUAAAACCAGUACUUCCACAGUUUCAAAUAAUCCAACUGCUUCACCUGGUACGUCCCCUGAGAAAUCUUCUGGAGAAGGUUUCAAAUUUCGUAAGAUAAAAUAUACAGAAAAAGCAUUCAAUUCUGGGAUCUGGAGAACUCCACAGGAUGCCCUGCAAUCCCACGUGGUUGAACAUGUGGCAGAAGAGCCAAGCAAUCCCAUUCAUCCGACAGCAGAUCCUCAAGAAAGUGAAGAGGAGAAAAUUGAGGAGAAAAAAGAGGAGACAAUUGAACAGCUGGAAGAGCAGCUGCUUGAGGACCUUAGUCAUGUAGACCCCAUAGUUAUUACGCACCCAUUGCGUGAAAAAGAAGAAGUUUCCUUUGUUUCAAGAACAGGAAAAACAAAUGAUUUCACCAAGUUGAAGGGUUGGAAGCAAAAACUUCAGGGUCUACUAUUUCCAAGGUUGAAGGGUGGGAAGCGACAACAUUCAGGAUCUUCUAUUUCCAAGCAGAAUCAAACAAGUGCAAAACCAGAGUACUCCUUAAAAAAUACUUCUGAUUUCUCAAGUGACAAAUCAGAUGAAUACCUGGAAAAUGAAGAGAAAAUUGCUCAACAGAGUGCUGCUCUGUGCGUGAACAAAGCAUCAAAACUUGUAUAUCAAAUGCCUCCCAAAAGUUCCAGUUACGUCCACACGUUGGAUAGUGUAUUAAAAUCUCAGUCACCCCAAGAUGACUGUAGAGGGUCUCGCACAUUCACUCGAACUUCGGUUUCUCCGCAAUCCAUUUCUGUUGGCUCUGUUUCCAAAAACACCAAGCAGAUUCAGAUGACGUUGGGACCUGUCUCGGAUAGCAAAGAGCAGAAGUCUGCAAACAAUACAAAGGAAUCCUCGACACCAGCUAAAUCAGCAGCUAAAACCAGUUUGCCGCCGUCCUUUGCACCUACGAGUCCUCCUCGGUUAUCCAAAAAGCAGAUAGAAUUGAUGAUUCUGGAGAAUCGUGCCCCCUGGGUUGAGAAACCAAGGACUUGCAUCACAGAGGAGCGAGCAGAUGCAUCCCUUGUUCCUCUGCUAGCAGCACAGGCAAACAGCAAGGGAAAUAACAGUGGAACAGUUACCGCAUGCAAGUUGAACAGGUGUAGGAACUCUACUACCAUAGAAGCAAUGGAAUCAGAGAAAUUGGACGGUUUUGAGACCAAUUCAAUGUCACCAAAUGCUGCUCAGACAACCAAACGGAAGCAAAAAGAGAAGACAGUAUCGCCGUUACACUGUGACAGUCCACUAGAAGAGAGGACUAGUUUUCAGUCUGAAACGCCACAAUUAUCAGUGGAGACAAAGAAUACAUCCAAACUGAUUGAAAUUAUUUCAGAUUGUAACUGGGAAUCAGAACGCUCCAAUAUUUUUGGAUUUCUUGCUCGAUAUAGGUAUAUCGCGCAAGAGACCUUUGGAGAAAAUAAGAGACCUUUGGAGAAAAUAAGAAUUGGCAAUUUCGUAAUUGAAAUUGUGUCAAAUUAUGGAAAAAGUCGAGAUCCUUCACCUGGACCUGUGCUGAUUUCUAGCUUUGUGGUAAAGAUUUCCCAGUCCAGUGAAAAAGAGGGAAAUGGCAAAUGCAAUAUGUCUGUUCCAACCACCACCCAAUCUCCUGGAAUCCAGCUGACUGAAACACCACCAAAUGCACCAAAAGAAACGUUACCAACACUUACCAAAUGUACAGUGCGGGAAAAGGAGUUCACUGGAAAUGGCAAUGGUGGUACGAAGCUGACACUAGGACACAUUGGUGCUCUUCAUCCAGUGAAUUGGGUGACAGCUAACCAUAAAAAUAAAAUAAAGGUAGUUGAACCAUUCAAGAUGUCCUCCUCCAGUACGGUUGCCUCAUCAGCUGCUGCUCAUUUACCCUCAAAACAUCUGACAACUUGUUCGACAUCCUCUGGCAAUGACGUUUUAUGUGAUACCAAUGAUGCCACUCCUGUUAACCAGUUCAAAGAGGAUUAUACUUCUAACAAGCACACUCAUCCUGUAAUAAAUAAAGUUGGAGGUUUGUGGAAAACAAAAUCAUCUUUCAGUACAUUGGAGCCAGUGCUUAGCAGGCAGCAGCUUGAUACUCCAUUAUCGACUGUCAGCACUAAUGUGUCGGCAGGUAUUUCACCAUUAACAACUGUUGGGGUUAUGCCAGCUACCUCAGGUUCUGACUCUGUCAUGCCUGGUACAUUGCAAAAGAGCAUUUCAAUGGUUGCAGUAAGCACAGGUGCUGUCUACACAACUGGAUCCCGUUUAUUAAAGAUCUUGGAGACUACAGAUGCUGUAGGGGCACAAUUCUCUGCAAUAUCCGCACCAAAGAGACUUAGGGAAGAGAGUGUAACUGCAAGCACAGUUGAAACUACAACAAAAAGUACAUCAACUACUCAUUUCACUGUUAUAUCUGCAAGUGCUUCAGGAGUCAGCACAAUGCCAACGUUAACUAAAGAGCUUUCCCCCAGUGCCUCUACCAUAACUGCUACUGCUAUAACAAAUACUGUAGAUACAAGAACAAUCAUUAUGUCAGUAGCAUCGAUGGUGAACAAGACUCCAGGAGUAUCUAAACAUCCUGAAACUUCCAACUACACGCCUUCUGAUUUGUCUAAUGCCACAGAAACUGACAGAUCUCAGCACCUUUUGAUCCCAGUGCACUCUACCACCACUGCCCGGCCUGCACAGAAUCUGCAACACACACUUGGACAGAAGAUUAUACUGCAGCCCCUCAGAUUUCCAGAUGGGAAACUCUUCCAACAUCCAAAUGGCCAGAUUAUCCAACUCCUGCCUCUACCAAAUCCUGGUCCAGUGAGUCGACCAAAUCUCCACCAAAUGGUCACUCUUGCUGAACCGAAUCCAGGCUCAGUGAGUGGAAAUUGUCUGCCUACCCCAAUAAAAUCUUGUUCGGUGGCUUCAUCUCCAAGCAAUGUCAUUCUAUGUCCUAAAGAGAUGAUACCAAAAAGAGGAAGGCCACGUUCAACCCCUGUUGUUUUUCCUACCCCAAUAAAAUCUUGUUCGAUGGCUUCAUCUCCCAGCAAUGUAAUUCUAUGUCCUAAAGGGAUAAUCCCACAAAGAGGAAGGCCACGUUCAACACGUGUUAUAAAACCAGCCUGCGUCGCUUUGAAGCAAACCUUUACUCCUCAACCCAUUUCUGUAGUAGCGUCAGAGGUACCUGUUAAAACUACUUCACAGCCUCCGAUUGUAACUGUUAAUGGUGUUGGUCAAACUAUCAGUGCAUGGCAUCUUGUUCCCCUUCAACCAGUGGGAUUUGCUCUACUGCAGCUGCCUCAAGGAGUGUCAAAUCCCAUCGUAACUGCUGGACAGUCAUUGAAGCUUGUGAAUCAGUCAUCUGGUUCACAGUCAUUUGAAAAAGCAGGCUCUGAGAAGACUGCCAACCAGAAUAACAAAUCAGAAGAGAAGUUGAUUGAACCUGGGCUAGAGGAGAUUAAUGUUGCCGAUUCUGAGCUUAUUGAGACAACGGUGUCUCAGGGUGUACCAGAUGAGGACCAUGUAAAUGCUGAUCCAUCGCCAGAAGUUAAACAGGCGACUGAUGCAUUUCCUUCCACUCCUUCAGUUAUUGAGGUGGACGAUGAGUUGGAGGAUGAUUCUAUGGACCAUCAAAAUGUAUUAGAACACCAUACUCCAGCAGAAUUGGUUGACCAUUCAUACACCAUUACAAAACAUAUUGUGGAAGAAGAAAAUGACAAUUCUGUACUAGAUAAUUCCACAAGAACUGGAAAAGGAAGUGCUGUUGAUAAAGAUUCUUACAGAUCUAACCAUGAAGUGGUUGAUAUGGAUAUGUUAAAAAAUCCAGAGAAUGAGGAACUAGACUUUCAUCAAAGGUUACUGCGAUAUGAAAACUUUAUGGACUCUGAUAAAGAUACUGACUCUCAGAGUGAUCUGGAGGAUGGUGACAGUCAAAGUGAUCCAGAGGAAAUGGACGAGAGAUUGUUCGACUCAACCUCCAGUGAAGAGGCAAUGGACAUCGAGAAUGUGGAGGAAAUCUCUGACAAAAUCAACAUUGAUCAUCUUAUUGCUUAUGCCUCUCGUCUUACAAGCAAAUCAAAAUGCCAUUUCAACAACCCAUACCUUGCAAAUAAAUUGGAUGAGGUGGUGGAGGGCGACAUCAAAUCCAAGCCAAAACACAUUGCUAAUCUCAGUAAGGAAGCACAAGCUCAGCUGGAUACUCUGAUAGUGUGGCGGACCACGCGCACAGAAAAUGAGCGGCAGAGGCGUUCUGAGUUGCGAGACCUCUUUGAAAAGUUGAAGAUAACUUUGGCCAUUCGCGGGGAGGAAAAAGCUUCAAAAUACUUUAUCCUGAAGCAGGCAUUUGCAGAAAUCCAGAAUCUGCAGAAUGAUUCUGAUUGUUUAUCAGCUGGGAAAAGUGUCCAGACUCGCAGAAGGGAUUCUCUUCUUCAAAAAAUCUCUCUAUUGACAGGACAGACUGAGGAAGUUAUUUUGAAAAAUCUGGAAAAUAACUGCGCACUAGAUGUUGAGAAGAGAACGUCCAUGCAGGAAGGAGAUGACGCAAGUGAACAGCAUUCCGUCAGUGGGAAUACAGCAUCUAUAUCAUCUAUGGACUCUCUACCGAAGGUGGCCAUGGAUUUGCAAAUUCAGAAACCACCCAAUGUCACUAUGCUUUGUGGUGGACAGGACUUAAUGUCUGAGGCUAGUCGUGCAAAACCUCUUAUUCACACCAGGAAACAUUCACCAACUCCCCAGUCUUCAACCUCCUCCAUCCCGCUGACAACUGGAAGUUUGCUGAUGACACCACAGGGUCACGUUCCGACUUUAAAGGGUCCUCUUAUUUCGGGCCAAACUCCAUUCUUCACUGCUGAGGGACUCCUAAGUGAAAACCAGUCCAAGGGAGAUGGUGUUACUGGAGCAAGUAUUGCAGAUGAUGAAGUGUCUUCAUUCAUGAUGCCGAGAAUAGUGAAUGUAACGUCAUUGGCAACUGGCGAAUCCCCAUUGCUGAAUCUAGAAGAAGCGAAUGAUUCUUGUGCACUGGUUCCACAGUCACGUGAUUUCAGCAUGAAAGGGAGGAAACAUACAUCACAAGAACAGCUCAGUCCUAUGACCAGUAAGAAUCCAAGUUUGUCCAUUAUAAAGAGCAACUCGCAGUCAUCUGAGCAGUUUACUGCACCUGAUGAAAGUGAGGCCAUGUCAUUUCUUGUUUCAUCAGAGGCCACAGAAUCCGAAUGUGCCCAGCAACAAACCCAACAGACUGCAGCUUCUCGUUCAAUGAAUGUUGACAAGAACGCUGAGUUACCCAAAACGCUGGAUCUGUCUGAUUUGCCUGAUGGAACCGCAGUGUCUUGUGCAAGGCAUUCUUGGAAUCAAGAUUUGGUCCCAGGAGAGUCGACAUCUGUGACAGAGAUAAUACUUGGAGAUAAAUUGGAACUGCAGGUUAUGAGUGGCCGAUUGCAGGCAUGCAGUAUGGACAAAGCUGGUGGGCAGUGACAGAGAUGCAGAACUAUCAGCAUCUCAGCUCCUCGAACCAUUGUUGAAAGCAAAUGGCUCAGCAACUGGUGACAUGGUGGACACUGAGAGAUAUGAGCCAUUCACUUUACUUUUAAAUGAGCUUGCAUUUUUAAAUCAGCAUUUCCCCGAUAAAGAAAGUCCAGAUACAUCAAUGUCAGACCACCACACAUUGGGCUUUAUUGACAUUGGAAACCAAGGGGACAGCAUGGAUGAAUUGUGGAUCCAUGGACCAGUAAGACUGAUGGACAUCAAUGCUGUUGACAGUACGACAGUGGAAGGGAGGGAGUGCGGUGGCUCCACCAGUCCCCUAGUGUUGCAGCUGGAAGGAGAAGACUUGAAUGUUGAACAAUUGCUUGGCUAUGAGAUGCCUGUAGAUUCACAGAGUGAGUUAGAUAAUUGCACGCUGGACUUUGAGUGCAACUCUGCGAGUGGUUCAAACAGUUCAGUAAACGUUUCUCCUCCCCCACUCAUCCAUAUGAAGACAACCUCCUCUUCAACAAAUACAGAGAUCCCAAGUUCUUUGGAUGUGCUCUGGAGUCCCAUGCCUAAGCUGGCACCACUUGGUUUAGUUAAGGGCCUGUCCCACUUUCACGACCUAAUUCACGACCUCUGCCGAGUUUGCCCUUG